ACGAAUUAAAUGCAGUACUAGCCGGCCCAUCAUAGACAUUGUUCAGAAGGGUAAGCAAUUUAAUUUACAAGAGUGGAAUUUGAUCGACUACUUGCAAGAGCAUUUCUUUGCUUCUUCCUGAUCUAAUGGCACCUAAUAACGGGGUGAAAAUACUCGAGGUUUUCCGGGUGUCGCCGCAACCAACAUCACCAGGCUCGGCCAGCCCAAGCUCUCUUCCUCUCACCUUAUUUGACUUACUCUGGCUAAGAUUCCCCCCAGUCCAGCGAGUUUUCUUCUAUGAAAUCCCUCCUACAAACGCAUCCUUCUUGGAUUCCAUUCUUCCAAAACUCAAACACUCGCUCUCCCUCACCCUCCAACACUAUCUCCCUCUUGCCGGUACCCUCACUUGGCCUGAGGGCUCCCACAAACCCAUCAUCAACUACGUAGAGGGCGAUUCAGUUUCCUUCACUCUUGCUGAGUCAAGUGCCGACUUCUACCAUCUCUCAGGGAACAAUUGCUUUGUUGAAGCAGAGGAAUACCAUUCCCUCGUACCCCACUUGCCAACAUCCCAUGAACAAGCCCAGGUGUUGGCGUUGCAAGUCACAAUCUUCUCAAACUGCGGGUUUUGUAUCGGAAUCACCGCACACCAUGCUGUUCUCGACGGCAAAAGCUCAACCAUGUUCAUGAAAUCAUGGGCUAACUUGUGCAAACAUGGCGGUUUGUCAAUGGUACCGGAGCUAACACCAUCCUACGACAGGACGGUCAUCAAGGACCCGGCUGGGCUGGAGGGAAUCUUCCUGAACCAUUGGAUGAACCAUGGCGGCCCAAACAACAAGAGCCUAAAGGUAUGGGAACUCAAAACUCCCCCGGAUGUUGUACGAGGCACAUUCGAGUUGAGUCGCGCAAAAAUCCAAAAGCUCAGGCAAUUGAUAACCACCAUGCUGGAGGAGAAGAAUCAACAAAAACAGCCACUUCAAUUAUCAACAUAUACAAUAACAUGUGCCUACACGUGGGUUUGCUUGGCCAAGGCUGAAGGAGUAAGGGACGCCAAAUUCAUUAUUGGCAUUAGCGUGGACGCCAGACGUCGAAUGGAGGCUCCUAUCCCUGCGACUUAUUUUGGAAACUGCAUUGGAGCUCGUACACCGAUUGCGGAAAGAAAUGAGCUAUUGGGGGAAGAUGGGGUAGUUGUUGCCGUAAAUGCUAUCUGUGAAGCUAUAACAAGUUUGGAUGAUGGGGUCCUGAGUGGGUCUGAAAACUGGCUGCCGAUGGUAUUCGCUAUAAAGACUCAGAGAUUGGUUGGAAUUGCCGGAUCACCUCGGUUUGAGCUUUACAAUACUGAUUUUGGGUGGGGAAGGCCUAGGAAGGUGGAGAUGAUUUCCAUAGAUAGAACAGGAGCGAUAUGUCUUUCGGAUAGUAGAGAUGGUGGUGGAGGAAUUGAAAUAGGAUUGGUUUUGAAGAAACAGGAAAUGGAAGUUUUUGCUUCAUUAUUUUCCAGAGGUCUUGAAGCUCUUUAAAGCUGCAUUAAUCCUUUCAGGGCUAAAUAGUCUGGAAGUUUGUUUUUUUAGUUUAAUUUGUUGUUUCUGAUCUUGUUUGGUAUAGUCUGAGCUUGUUGAUCGAGUUGAAAACUUGGGUUCCACUGGAUAUGGAGCGUCGCCCCUUUUGUUUUUGUUUUCUUUUGAUCAAUCAGUGUAAAAUGGUGGGUC